AGGUUUGAAAACCACUGGUCUAUGGCAUUAACAGGGUACUUCACAUUCAAAGGUCCCCAAAUUUUAGUUUUGAAUCUGUCCAAACCAUUUGUUUACCUCCUUACAUACGCAGGCUAAUUAUUUAUAGGCUAUUUAUGAAGGAAUAUGUGCUAUAAGCUAUAUGAGACAUGGUGAUGCAUUGUUAUGGACAUUAUUUAAUUGUCCAUGUGUUUUGAUUCCAGAGUCUGCACGUUCAAAACAUUUGGAAAGUCACGGAGAACAUCUAAAACUCUACAAGAAAUUAUAUCAACAAUCAACAAAUUUGCUGUACCUGGAAUCAGUAUAAAGAAGAACAGUGUUCGCAGAGCUGCUGGGUUUUGGAGCAAUGUCUGUAAAGAUUUGCAAGUGCCAAAUACUUUUAAUAAUCGCAACAAAAUACAUCAAGCAUCUCUGCUUCUUUUGAAGGAUGACACAGAUAAAGAAGUAAUAAAAGAAGAGACUCCGUGUCCAUCUGUCAAUCUGGAUGUGCAGGAGACCAAGGCUGACAGUGAUGUCAUCUGUAGUUCAUUAACAAGUAACUCUGAAUCAAACUGUGCCUUUGCUGAGGUGGAAGAGACGAUCAAAAGGAUUCAGAGUCAGAAAGGAGUACAAGGAAUCAUCAUUGUUAAUGCCGAAGGCAUCCCCAUCAAAAGCACUCUUGACAACUCAAGCACAGUUCAGUAUGCCGGUAAUGUCCACCAGCUGCUCAUGAAAGCUCGGGGAAUGGUGAGGGACAUCGACCCUCAGAAUGAUCUCACUUUUCUCAGAGUUCGAUCAAAGAAGAAUGAGAUCAUGAUUGCCCCAGACAAGGACUAUUUCCUGAUUGUCAUUCAAAAUCCUACAGAGUAGUCAUGAAUUCUUCAUAGUUGUUGCCAUAGUAUUUUUUUUUUUUCUUUAAUUGCCAAAAGUGUUUCAAAUCUUGUUCUAGGAAAGUGAAGUUUAUGUAGCUUCCAUCUUAUUACAAAUACUCAGUUUGUACCUCUCUUGCUAAUCAUUCCAGUAAUUUGCUCUUUAUUUUAUAACUUAUUGUUCUUUAAUUUUCUCUUUUUGCAAGUCCUCUGUCUAUUCAUCAUCUGUAAGGAUCAACAUGACACUAUGACAUACUGUACUUGUAUGUGUAUGCUACAAAGGACAAUAAAACCGUGCAUUUCCUUUA